ACCUUCCGACGACGGCGAUGCCGGGAACCGGCCGCGCCCCCUCCUCCUCCUCCCGCUGCCGCCGCAUCCGCCGAGUUUCGGUUUCCGUUUCCCCGCCGGGGCGGGGCGUCCCCGGGGCUGUCACCGGCGCUGUGCCCGGCCCUGCCGCCGAGCUGUCGGGCGGCGAGCGGGGAUGGCGGCGGGACGGCGGCGGCGGCGUGCCCGGGGGAGCGGCACCCGGCAGCGGCCGCGGCGCACGGCAGAGCAUACGCAGUCGCAGAGGAAUGAGAAGAUGCAAUGCUCAAACCACAAUGCAACACAUAGGCUCGUUCUCUCCCCUAAUGGGGAGCUUUCUGAACACUGGACUACAGCUGUAGCCAGCCUCUCUAAGACAAGGCUGUUGAAAGAACUGGGAAACCAACAUAUUGUUCAGAUGGCGUGUGGGGACCACCACGCCAUGGUGCUCUCCAGAGGAGGCGAGCUCUUCACCUGGGGCCAGAACACCCAUGGUCAGCUUGGAGUGGGGAGCCAAACCACGACCAUCCCCCAACCAGAGCUGGUGAAAAGACUAAAGGGCAUCCCACUCGCUCAAAUUGCUGCUGGAGGAGCUCACAGCGCCGCCGUGUCACUCUCUGGAGCUGUGUACUCCUGGGGAAAGAACGAUUUUGGACAGCUGGGACUUGGAGACACAGAAGACAGGGGCUGCCCAUCAUACAUUGGAGCGUUAGAGCACUGGAAGACUGUAUUUAUCUCAUGUGGGGCAGAUCAUACUGCAGUUCUCUCCAAGGAGGGGUUGGUGUGCACCUUUGGAGCAGGAGGGGCUGGCCAGCUUGGUCACAACUCCACCCGGAAUGAACUCACGCCUCGCUUGGUGGCCGAGCUGUGGGGAGCAAGAGUUUCGCAGGUUGCCUGUGGCAGACAGCACACCCUGGUCUAUGUCCCCUCCUUGGACAAAGUCUAUUCGUUUGGUUCGGGUGCAAAAGGACAGCUGGGGCGUCAGCCUAAGCAGUUGAUACCACUUCCCAUCAAUUCACCAGUGAAUACUGGAAAAUCCUGCAAGGCAAACAAGACGUCACAGAACGUGCAUGAAAUUCUUGCAGGAGGAAACCAAAGUAUUGUCCUUUGCAAGAAUGACGAGAAUUCUUAUUUGAAUGGUAUUGCCACUCUGAAGGAUGAAGCUGUGGAUGGAUGGAUUUCCAAUUCCAGUUCGCGACAGUGGGAGGGUGUAAAAAAGAAAAUCAGACUGAUCUUUUCAUCCGAGGCUUGCAUCAAUGGAAGCUUCCUGGAGAAAAGAGACAAACAUUUCAAAACUUCCAAAGACUUUUCGGGUGUAGACUUGACAGAAGUGCAACGUUUUUACGAGAAGAUCAGCAAGCAGCCAAAAGUCUUGAAGGAGGUGCAAAAGGGGAUUGAGAUGUUACUGCCAUCGUUGUCUUCCUCUCCCAUCUCACCUGAAAAUUUCAGAGUCUACCUGAUCUUGCCUUUCCUUCUGCAGGGACAGGAUGACAGCUCUUCCCAUUCUCUUAGGCUGCUAGGAGAAGCCAUCACGAAGCUCCAGAAAAAGGACCGGCAAAUUCUUGAAUGCCUGUGGUCAAAUCUAGAAACAUCCUUUUUCAAGAAGCUGGUCAUUCUGUAUCAGAAGGUUUCCCAGGAAAACCUGUCUCAAUUUAUCACGGGAGUCAGAAACCUCCAAAGACAGCUCUUUCACCUGCACUCACGUGAAACCGCGACUCUGCAAAUACUGCAGAUGCUUUACCAGGUGAACUCCAGGACUGGUUUCAAAGUACAAAAAACCAACUUCUAUGUGCCUCAAGUGAAAGAGAUUAUCAGAUGCUGUUGGAUCCUUACGAUAGACCAAUUUCAGGUGUCCAUACGGAAGCUGACCAAAUAUCCAUGCAUCUUUGACACGCAAGACAAGAUCAAUGUUCAUUACGCAGAAUGCGAAGUCCUGUCCAGGUUCUUCGGUAAUUGGUUUUUUCCAGUCAAGAGACAGUGCCUUCUGCAGGACAUAUGGACCCAUUUAAAUCUCACCCAAACCCUGCAAUUCAGGAAGAUCUUACAGGUGUCGUUCGUGGGCGAGGAAGGAGUGGACGAAGGCGGGCCGUCGCAGGAGCUCUUCAGCGUCGCCGCCAGGAGCCUCUGCCAGCCCAACAGCGGGGCCUUCCGCCUCCUCGCCUCCGGCCUGGCAUGGUUCCCCAGUCAGGUGUCGAGCGGCGACGACAUCUUCUUCCGGAUUGGGAUGCUGUGCGGAAUGGCCCUGUAUAACGAGUGCAUGGUGCCCUUCCCCUUCCCCGGGGCUCUCUACAAGAAGCUGCUGGGCCUGGCACCCACCCUGGAGGACUUCAAGGAGCUGUUGCCAGACGUAGGCCGGAGACUUCAGGGAAUUUUGGAUGAAGAAUCUGAUCAUGACCCUGAGAGCCUGGACAUGGACUUCACGAUAAUAGAAGAAGAAGGUUCCAUUGUUGAACUUAAAAAAAAUGGUGCCAACAUUCCUGUCACUAAGGAUAACAGGAAGGAAUUUGUUGACUUGUAUGUGAAUUAUGUGUUCAAUGAAUCGAUACGGAAGCCAUUUGAAGACUUUAUGAAAGGGUUUUUAAGAGGCUGCCCAGCUAGAACGUGGAUGAUGUUUCUCCCUGUAGAGCUCCAGAUCCUUCUCCAGGGACACACAAGAUGUGACUGGAAUCUGCUGCAAAAGAAUGUGAAGUACAGCCAGUAUGAAAGGUUAGAUCAAACCAUCAGGAAUUUUUGGACUGUGUUUCACAAACUCCCAGAAGAAAAAAAGAAAAUGUUUAUCGCAUUUCUGACAGGAUCUGAUCGAAUCCCUGGCAACGUACUGGAGCAUUUUACAUUUACUAUUGCAGAUGCUAAAGUAGAAAAUCCAGAUGAGUUCUGUCCUUCUGCCAGCACCUGCCGCCGCAUUUUGUUCCUCCCCAGAUACAGCAGUGGAAGAAUACUCAAGAAAAAGCUGCUCUAUGCCAUAGAGCAUAAUGAAACUUUUGCCUUGCCCUAACUCUUGGUCAGGAGCACUUUAAAGCAAAAAUCUGAAAACAAGUCUUUGUUUCAUUUGUCAUAAUUGUCUCUUAAUAACUCCAAUUUACUGGUUUCUACCAUGCCUUGUGUUUAUUGCACUUUAUAAACACUUGAGUGUGUGUA